AUGAAGGCCUCUUUCUUCGCCCUCGUCGCUGCGGCUACUGCUGCCUUUGCCGCACCGGCUCCCGCCCCUACCGCUGCUCUGUCUGGCCUGACCGACCUGGUCAGCCUUUCCAGCAUCAAGGGUCUCGCUGACGACCUCAAGCUGGGCGAUGUCACCAAGGAGCUCAAGCUCGAUGAGCUUCCCAAGGUCUCCAGCAUCGGUGACCUCACCAAGCUCCUGAACCUGGACUCCGCUGCCACCAACGGCAUGGCCUCCAAGACUCCCAUCAUCCAGAACGGCAAGGUCCUCCAGGAUCUCGGCCCUGAGCUCCAGAACAUCCUCGUCAUCACCGGCCCUAACGUUACCGCUCUCCUUUCCGGUCUUGGUCUCGGUGCCCUCGGUGCCCCCGUCGGUGGCAUCGUCGCCUCCGCCUCCGGUCUUGGUGGUCUCGUCACUGGUCUCGCUCCCUACGUUAACGGCCUCGUUACUGUCGUCGGUGCUGAUGUCGGUGCUCUUCUCGUUGGCCUCUCCCCCGAGGUUACUGGACUCGUCUCUGGUCUCGGUCUCCCCUCUCUCGGUGUUCCCGUCGGCACUGUCAUCGCUACCGUUGGUACCUCCUUGAAGCGUGGUGAGAUCGUCCAGGACAUCGCCCCCUCCGUCGGCUCUACCCUCCGCGUCACCGGUGCCAACGGUGAGGAGCUCCUCGUCAAGCUGUCUCCCUCCGUCGCCGCUCUCGUCACCGGCCUCGGUCUCCCCACCGUCGGUGUUCCCCUCGGCUCCGUCCUUGUGACCGCCGGCCAGGGUGUUGACAAGCUCCUGAGCGACCUCUCCAUCCCCAUUACCCAGGUCCUUACCAUCACCGGUGAGGACGGCCAGGACCUCCUCGUCAAGCUCUCCCCCGAGGUUGUCUCCCUUGUCUCUGGCCUUGGCCUCCCCACCGUCGGCACCCCCGUCGGUGCUGUCGUUGCCACCGUUGGCAAGAACCUGUAA